GGUACGCGCAACUUCUCCGCACGCGCUUCGGAUCCCGGCUGCUGCUGCACGGCGCAACCGACACCAACGGCACACACGACAAAAUACAAUUCUACACCGAGCCCAUGAUCGCGGCACCGACGCUGGACCUUCUCCAUCGACCAGCAGCACGUGGUUGAAACCUCUCCUAGUGUGACAGUGCAGUGAGGAUAGUGUUCUCGGUUUUUUAUUUUAUUUGUUGUGAAAAAUUCAGUGCGCGCCAAGUGACACGAACCAACCAACCAAUUCAUUUAGUUCGGGCAGGGUGCAGUACAUGGCUCAGCCACGGGUGUAACAUAAAGUAAAAUAAGGCCGAAUUUUUGUGUGAACAAUUUUGCCAACAUGGACGUGCUUCAGAAAAAUUACGACGAUGGUAUCCACAGUGGAUAUAUGGACGGCGGUGCCACAGGGGGUCUGUACGAACCGCAUGUGGCCCACAGACAAGGCCUCCAAGGCCUCCAUCAUUCCCCACACUUGAACCAUGCGAUGCAUCCGUACCAUCCAAAUCAUGUCAAUGCAACGGCGAACCAUGUCAUGGGUGGCGCUGUACCAGAUGUCGGGAAGAGAGAUAAAGACGCCAUUUAUGGACACCCUUUGUUUCCCUUGCUGGCACUGAUUUUCGAAAAAUGUGAACUGGCAACUUGUACACCAAGAGAGCCGGGCGUUGCUGGCGGUGACGUUUGUUCAUCCGAAUCCUUCAACGAAGACAUCGCGGUGUUUUCGAAACAGAUACGUCAAGAAAAACCUUAUUAUAUCGCGGACCCUGAAGUAGAUUCCUUAAUGGUACAAGCAAUACAAGUGCUCCGGUUCCACCUACUAGAAUUGGAAAAGGUUCACGAAUUGUGCGACAAUUUCUGCCACCGGUAUAUUAGUUGCCUGAAGGGUAAAAUGCCAAUUGAUUUGGUGAUAGACGAGCGAGACAGUGGCAAACCUCCCGAGUUGGCUGGUUCCACAAACGGAGAUGCCGGCACAAGAAGCAACGCAGACUCCACAUCGCACACGGAUGGGGCCAGCACGCCGGAUGUCAGGCCGCCAUCGUCGUCGCUGUCGUAUGGAGGGCCCGUCAACGACGACGUGAGAUCGCCCGGAACUCCUGGACCUCUUUCACAACCACCCGCUUCACAGCAAAGCCUCGACGCCUCGGAUCCUGAUGCCAUGGGUAAGUGGAUUUUGAAGAACAGACCGUUGCAAAUGUCUUACGUUCACUACUGAAACACUAGCAUCAGUGUCAGGUAUGAGUUCCUCAAAAAUGCCUGAACCCCCCAACUUAUUAGUUACUAAUUAGACAGAUAGGACUUUGUUUUAACUUAUUCUUUUACGAAAAUAAAUGUUGAUUGAAUUUGAAACGUGUUAG